AUGAGGAGCGAAAGCGAACGCGCGUCGACGUCGUACGACGAGACGCUGUCGAGGGAGAUCGCGAGCGAGCUACGGUGCUCGACGAGCGCGAGAAGGGAAACUUUUGAGAAAAUCAGAGAGGUUGAGCGUUUGCUCAGAGGGUUGAAGGAGAAGGACGUCAAAGCGGUCGCGCCGGGAUGGUUUUCGAUCGAGUGCGAAGAGGGGAAGACGCUGCGGUUCUCGCCGCCGACACGGGUGCGGACGAUCGGGAGUCACGCCGAGGGUGGAUGCGGUAACGUGCCAAUGAAUGGCAACGGGAGCAUUGUUGUGGACGUUGCAUUGGAGAUGCCAAAAUCAUUUUUUCAGGAGAAGGAUUACUUGGAUCAUAGAUAUCACUUCAAGCGCGCGGUGUAUCUGGAAGUGUUGCUCAAGGCGCUAUCAAAAUCGCAGGAGUGGGCGUGCGAGAUCAUAGAUCAGCACCAAGAUCCUAGAAAGCCGUACAUCAACAUGCAUUUUGGGGAGAAGGGUGCGAAGAGAUCUUUGCGUCUACUUCUCACGAUUGAUGCCGAGACUUUUGCGUCUAUUCGAUUAUUGCCGAGCAGGGCAAACUUGCGAAGCCUCGAGUUGAAGGGUGGUGAGCGUCCAGCGAGUCCGCACUACAAUCAAACCAUAGCCGAGGACAUGUAUGCGAAUGUGCACGCACAGUACUUUGCCGCUGCGUCUGCAAAGGCCAAGUCGUUACCUGUGGCAGUCUUGCUUGUCAAGCGUUGGGCACAGGGUCGACGGCUCAUGGACGGCGUUGAUGGUGUCAACGGACUUUUCAUUUCAAUGCUCUUAACUUACAUGAUGGAGCAGGGCGGACAAUUGAGCACUAGUAUGGAGGCAAAUCAGAUGUUUCGCGCUGCCUUGGCUGCGCUCGCUAGUCCUGGCUUCUUCAAAAAGGGGCUAUUUGUGUGCGGCAGGCCCGAGGAGGCUGACGAAUGGCAAGCCACAUUCCCUCAUGUCUUCCUUGGUCCAUGCGGUCGCGUGAACUUCAUGGCCCGAAUGUCUCCGAGCGCAGUGGCAGAGCUGAUCCAUGAAGCGACACUUUCGUCCGCCGAGUUGAAAAAAUCCAAUCACUCCGCAUUCAGCGACGUCUUACUUGGCCAGUUUCCUGCCGCGGUUCGUUACGAUUUACACAUUCAUGUGGAUGUGAACGUUUCCGAGCUCGGUGCGGCAUCUGAGCGAGACUUGAACGCCAGGCGUACCGUUGAGGUGGACGCGGCAAAAAUCGUCUCACGCGCUCUGAGUGAUCGUGCGAAACUGGUGCGAGCGGUUGAAGUAUCGAAUUCGAGCGUCAACGUGAUCGGCAGUCAGACAUGCACCUUGUGGAUUGGCGUCGUUUUAGAUCCAGAAAACGCCCUGCGGCUGGUCGACGUCGGGCCUAGUUCGUCCGACGAUAGAGAAGCGAAAGAGUUCCGUGCAUUCUGGGGAGACAGAUCCGAGCUUCGUCGUUUUAAAGAUGGAAGAAUCUGCGAGUCUGUUGUUUGGGACGCUGUUCCCCCAUUGUCUCGUCAUCACAUUCCGGCGAUGGCGGCUGAGCAAGCGCUCAAGCGCAACAUGACUGGUAUUGACGGUAUUGAAUGGAGCUCUAAAAUUUUCGACGAACCCGUAAGCAAGAUUGCGAGCGCUAGCGAAGGCACCACUUCCGCAGGUUUGCUCCAGACGUUGGACCGAUUGGCAAAGCGCAUGCGGGAUCUGAAGGAAAUGCCUCUCAAGGUGAACAACGUCCAACCGCUGAGCGGAGCUUUUCGUGGCACAGAUCCGUGCCCGCCAAAGCCGCAUCCGUUGGCGCACGGUGCUGGUAUCGGUCUCGGCAUGGGCGACGAUGACAUCCCUGCGUGUCCGAAAACUCUCGACAUCAUGGUUUCUUUGGAGGGGAGCGGCCGUUGGCCUGAUGAUCCAGUUGCGAUCGAGAAGACGAAGGCAAUGAUGGCCGUGCAGCUCGCUGAAUCACUGCGAAAGAGCUACGCCAUGCCGAGCAUUGUCGCCGAAGAAGCUGUUGACAUUUUAUUCGAGGGCUAUGCGUUCCGCGUGCACGUGAGCGCUUCGGCUGGCGGGCCACACGUCAAAGACAUGGAAGAAAAUAUUCUUCAGCGAGCGGCGCACGCGGGAUUGAUCGCAUCGGUUGCGGCAAGGUUCCCAAUGUACGGUGCCGCGACGCAGCUUGUCAAUCGUUGGGCUGCUUCGCACAUGUUUUCGCCGCAUCUUUCGGAUGAAGCCAUCGAGGCACUCGUGGCGCUACUCUUCAUCAAUCCAGGUGCACUGUCUCCGCCGAUGUCUCGUGAAGUUGCGUUUAUUCGAUUCUUAAAUUUGAUAUCGUCGCACAUGUGGUACGACCCGGUGGUUUUGGAUCCGGAGAGUGUCCUGAGCAUUGCCGAGGUCGAAGGUAUUGAUAGACAAGCCAAGGACGCGCCGGCGAUGUGCAUCGUCACUCCGCAUGAUAAAAGCGGUUCGCGUCUCACGAUGAACAAACCCAGCGCGGUUGUUCUCAAGAGACUUGAAUCCAUCGCAGCUCGCGCGACCUCUGAGAUGCAAGCCGUGCUCGAGGGUACUUCUACGCACUCAAUGUUUGAGACAGAGUGCUGGGAGCGCUUCUUCAAACCGUCUCUCAGCGGUUUUGACGCCGCUUUCAUACUUCGACGUACAGCACUUCCGUUUCCGAAGGAAGCAUUGUUCCCAAGCAAACGCUUGUACAAGCGUAUGCGGACGCAGUUCGAGAAUGAGAUGAGCGUUGUCGACGAGGACGAGGACGAGACGCUCGCACAGAGCAUCAAGCUUGCCAAAAUCCCUCGGAAACUCCUUGCUAAGGGUCCGGACAAGGCGCGCGAGGCGUUGUUGGUGGGAUUUGAUUCCACCGGCUGCUUUAUAAGUGCCGCCGAGCGCCGACUCGGCGGAACCGCUCUUCUGUUCGUUGACAAGUACGGCGGGGACGUCGUCGGCGUUGCGUUCAAACCGAAAGCCGUGCAUAUCGACGCUGCGCUUCCGGAAUCCGUGUCGUGGUUGCCCAAUCCCGCCCCCCCCUCUCGAGAGGACGUUAUCGAAGAGAUUGCCGUCGGCGUCGGCGCAGACUUCGUUGAAAAAGUCCUCACCUAG